AUGAAGUACACCGCCCUUGCUGUUGUGGCCAUUGUAGCCUUCGCAGAUGCUUCUACUGGCAUCAACAAGGAAACUAUCGAAAGAAGCUUGAAGCAAGUGGACCAGACAAAGCUCCUUCGUAAUGCACGCGAGCUCUACAACAAGAACACCAAUAACUACGGGAGCAACAAUAACAAUAACGGCAAUCAGUACCAGUCACAAUCUCAGUAUCAGUACAACAUGUACCAACAACAGAAACAAAAUAGCAACCAGUACAAUGGAAACAAUCAAAACCAAAACUACCAAUUCCAGGUUGACGGCUCAUUUUCUCUCAGAUUCGAGACAUGUACCUCCUUGACCAUCCUAGAUGAUAACGUGAUGGAAAGUGCCGACAAUGGAUCCGUGCUGCAUACGGCAAAGGAUUUUGUUAUAUUCAAGGCAACGAACAACAAGAAAGUUCAAAAACGAUUUGCAGUUGACAUUCCUACCUUUGUCAACACUAUAGCUGAAACUAUUCUCUCAGAGAACUACAGUUACUGUGAAGUCUGUAAUGAUGCUAUCGACACUUGUCUUUACACGAGUUCUGGUACCAGUAGCUCGUACCAAGGAAACCAGUAUGGGUACCAAAUGGCCAAUGGUGGCAACCGCAGGCUUCAAAAUGGCGAUACUGAACCCAUUGACUGCGCCACAUGCAAAAAGGUUUGCGGGGCGCAAAUGACCGCAUACAGUUACCAGUCUGAGUAUACCGAUGAAUCAGCGAUGGGAUGGCUCGAGACCAUCUCCCAGUGUGCUCAGCUGAGCAGUGACGACGGAUACCAAUUGAACAACCUCCAAUACGGGAACUACCUUAGCACAAAUGGAGACAGCGUUUACACCAACAGCAACAAUGGAAAUGUGAACAGCAACGGCUACUACAACUACCAGGGACAGCAACAGCAGUACUCUGGACAACAGCAACAAACAUACGACCAAGUCUAUGGUGAAAUCUAUGCUGGACUAAUGUGCAAUGCUGAUGGAACUGGAAUGGAGAUUGGACUUUUCAAGGACGAAGACUGUACAAUACAGAAUCCAGCAGAUGCAUUUAAGAACACCCUCGUGGAGGGCACAGAGCCCUACAUUUACUACACCAAGACCAAGAGUGUUGUUGAAUACCUCUUCCAAGCACCAGUUAGUUGCAAAGGUACUACAUACUACAACCCUUAUGACAAUGCCAAUGGUUACUCCAGCAACAGUGACAACAGCUACAGUUCUUAUCAAGUCCCUCAAGCCAACGAAGGGUGCCAGGACUUGUUUGGUGGAGACUACACUCUCGAUCUCUCUAGUGGAGACUGCAGCAAUGUUGGACAAAACAAUGGCAACUACUACAACAACCAAGCCCAAGAGGAUGGGUCGCAGUACGGAGAGUAUACGUACUACAGCUCUUCUGGAUGGAAAACAUACAGCUACGACAUUACGGAUGGUGACGAUAUGUUCCAAGUGUGCACCUCUCUUGAGAAGCAACUCGAGGCAGGAAGUACUUACACCACAAGCACUCAGGCAAGAAGUAACAACUUGUAUGAAUACACACAUAACAUGUCGGUCAAUGAACUGCUACGAGAAAAACUCACAGGGGAUGAUAUCUUCCUUAUCAUCGUGGGUGUCCUAGCGGGACUUGCCGCUGUCCUUUUCUGCUUUAAAACGUUCUGGCGCAGACGAAGAGCAAACCGCGACAAGAGACAAGCUCUCAUCAAUGCGGGGGAAAUGUCUUAG